AUGCAUUUAAUUUCUAUAUUCCGAAUUCUUUAUGUUUUGCUUUUAAUUACAUUAACGAAACAAGAUGAAUCUGUGAUAUCUUUCAAGCCUUCAUCUCUUAGCAUUAUCAUUGGGCAACACCAGUCUGUUACUGUUCAUCUUGUGAAGUCGAAUGUGACUUUUCCGGUUACGAUCGCAUUCCAAUACGAUGAUAAAUUGAAUGAUACCCAAGGUUACAUUGACCUUAUACCAGAUAUUACAUUUACAAACGCAACAAGUCAAGAAAUUGUCAUUACCGGUCGUCAUGAAGGCCAUUUGAUUGUAAUCGCACAAUCGUCCCAAGUAAAUUUAUCAUCCGCAGUCGAUUUCAUUCUCAUCGACAUAGCCCGCAGUCGUGUGAUUGAUGUUUUUAUUCAAAUUGUCGGUUGGAUAUAUUUCAUUGCUUGGUCAAUAUCAUUUUACCCUCAGAUAAUUUUGAAUUUUCAACGUCGAAGUGUUAUUGGACUUAAUUUCGAUUUCUUAGCUUUAAACAUUCUCGGACAUUCAUGUUAUUCGGUUUUCAAUCUUUAUAUGUACCUAUCAAAGAACGUCCAACAACAGUACUAUGCUAAACACCCACACGGCGUUUUACCUGUUCUAUUGAAUGACGUUAUCUUCAGCUGUCAUGCUGUUUUUGCAUGUGUAGUCACUGUUAUCCAAUGCUUAUUCUUCGAUCGAGGCAAUCAACGUGUUUCCUAUGUCGCCAGAAUCAUUGGUGGAGUAUGCAUUGUAUUUCUACUCAUCUCAACCAUCGUUUCAACAUCAAAACACUUGUCUACAUUAGAUUUGCUAUAUUUCUUUUCGUACGUGAAAUUAUUUAUUACAAUUAUAAAAUAUUGUCCGCAGGCAUGGAUGAAUUUUAAACGUAAAUCAACCGAAGGCUGGUCUAUUGGCAACAUUCUCUUAGAUUUCACCGGCGGAUUAUUCAGUUUAUUGCAAAUGUUCUUACUCGCAAGUAAUUACGAUGAUUGGUCGUCGAUAUUUGGCUCGCCAACAAAACUCGGCUUAGGAUUAUUUUCAAUUCUGUUCGAUAUCUUGUUUAUUGUACAACAUUAUAUACUUUAUCGUACGCACAAGACUACUACGAAAGCGAUCAAUCUCCCGAAUGAAGAGCUCGAUGAAAAUUCUCCUAUUUUGUCAACGAAAUCUUAA